GUCAGGUCUAGAGAACCAGACUAUGAUGUCAUGUUAUGUUGCGCAGUUUUGACUGGCACACGUCUUCGGAUCAUUUUAUGUUUGCUGCCACCAGUGAUUGUCUUACACAGCUAGAGCUUGUCAAAGUUGUCGGAUUUUACGGACCGAGAUGAGCAGUGAGCAGAGAUACUCCUCCUCGUCACAUGACGAGGUUGAAGCCAAUGGAUCCCUGGCCUCCAGCUUCUCCAAUCUUAGCAGGCCAACUUCUGAUGGCGCCUCUAGUCAGCCUUACCUCGACUCAAGAGGGCAGUGUGACCCCGAGCGCUCAGACCGCCUGCGCAAAGACGCCUGGAGGGUCUACAACGACGACAGCCUACUAUUCGAUCCUCGGGAGUAUCCCGUAGAAGAUCGCUCCAAACUUCUGGAAUCGUUUUUGGAGACCUGUGCUCCAUCGAAGGUGAACCGGUCUGAAGGUAUUGGCUGGAUCAGAGUCCUAUCCCCGAGCAUUGAAGCUACAAAGGAAAUGAAUAUCAAGGGGCUGCAGGCAGACUGGGAACAACUCAAGAAAUCUGAGAAAGACAUCAACUUCGAUGCACUCUUAAAACUUGCAACGUCAUACAAGUACUUUGGUGGAAAUUGGAAUCUCUUUCCUGACACCGGAGAUGAGAUCGACAGUGUAUGGGAGAAAAUCGCCAGGACUACGGUCCGAGACGAGCUGGGCAUACACGCCAAGGUGACACCGUGCGUAGACACCAAGGAAGGGAAAGCUCUCUACGCAACUUCGCAAGGGCAGCACGUCAUCAACGUUUCCAUCUUCACUGACACUGUACAAAAUGCAUGAACCGCUACUUCCAGGGUAGACGCAUAAUCCUAUACCGAAAAGCAUGUUAUUAGUAUUUGAAUCUUUCCCCCUAGACCCCCACUAAGCUGCACCUACAUCAUGAGCAAAAAGCUGAUAAAACAGAAGCCAAGUUAGGACUUACCUAUGUCAUUGAAGGACCCGCGUAAUUUGGUUUAAUGCAGUCCCUGAAAAUGCACCCUUGUGUCCCAUUUAACCUUUGUGAUUGGAAAUUAACUAAUGGUAAUUAUCAAUAAUAUUGAUUUUGUUGAAAGAUUAAUUUACUCUCUUUUAAUCUGUCUUCACAGUAACAUUGUCAAGUUGUGAAACAUGGAUCUGGUGACCUUUCUAAAAUUAACUUGCUUAUACUGCAGUUUUGGGUUUAUGCAACCUGCUACAGGGUUGCAGUAUUAUUGUAACUUUGUUUUAUAUUUUGUUUAUGUAACCCAUGCACACAGCAAUUUUAUUUAAAAGUCUUUGUUUUAGAUCGUAUGUAACAAUUAUACAAACUUUUACAUAAGCUUUAUACAAUUAUAACACAAAUUACGCCGCUCUAUAAGUUAGCUACGAACUUAGUCUAAGGACCGAUUUGAGACCCUUGGCAGGAAGGACUGACUCAAGACAGCAGCUUCUUCAAUUUCUGCAGGCAAAGAUUGCAAGACGGUUUCUGCCGAUGGACCGAGGCAUAGAGACAUGAUCAACUAUCGAACUCGAAACUCAGCUUACAUAUCCAUAGCUGAAGUUCUUCAGAUCUUGGCAUGCCCACAGCCAAGACAUCAUCUUUGCACAACGUCAAUGCCAUCGCCUCUCCCAAGACAAGCAGUCCAAGAGUUCCGAUCAGCUACCAAAUCAAGCGUUGCAACGAGACAGCAUCGGUUCCGAGGAGUCGUAUCUACCCAAAAGCAAGCAAGCAAGCACGCAAACAAGCAA